UUUUGAAGAAACGGUCCGAGUUUUUAAGUCCAAACUGGUUAAACAUUAAUCCAAAAUGGCGCCCAUGUUCGGUCAUCCGAACUUCAUCUGGUCGGAGGAAAAUUUGAGGGAAGAUUCUGAGGAGUUGCUUGAUGCUGAAGACGCAGUAGAUAGUGCGGGGUUUCAAGACAUGGCAUUCGGGUAUAUGAUAAUACUGGUGGGAAUGCUGCUCUUGUGGCUGAUCGUGUACUUCUGUAUGAGGAUGAUUUCGUUAAGGCAGAAAACGCGCACGCCACCGCAGAGGAGGAUAUACGUGGGCUCCCGAGUCCGGCAGUCAUUGUCUCAAACCGAGCCCACUAUCUACGUCAGCCCCAACAAUUUUCCGCCCCCGCCCAAAUAUGAAUGCCUAGCGCCACCCAGCUACGAGGAAGUAGUGGGCAUCCACUACCCUCAGUACCAGAACCAGCCCAUCACCCAGCCCAUAACUACCGCCAUGGCGCAAAACACCCAACCAUCGCAGAAUGCCACCGACGCGCCGCCCGCGCCGACAGUCAUCACCGUCACGUCAGAGCGGACGUCAGUGCAGGUCGCCGCGUCGUCGUGAUUUCGUUAACCCGUUAUUUUAGUAAUAACGUUAUUUGUCAAUAACGCUUUAAGAAAUCGCGUUGUUGAUGGUAUAAAAAAGUUAACGUUGUUUUCAUUUUAUCUUCUAACCUUGUGUUGUGUUUGGAACACUUUAAUAUUUAAAUUAAUCUUUUUUUAUUUGAGUAAAAAAAUAUCGAUUCAAAAAUCAAAUUCAAAAAUAUAAAGUUAAAUUUAAACUGUAUUUUUUUAAUGAUUUGAAAUUUACACGCUUUCAUUACUAGACCCCGGACUUUUAUAGCAAUGACGUCACAAUAGGGUAGUUUGGGGAGUAAGUCCAGGGUCUAUUCAUUACAAUAACAUUCCUUGAGCAUCGUGCAACAUAUAUUUACAAGCUAGGUAUUUACUGCUGGACAGUAAAGUAAAUGCACAUUGUGAUACUAGUGUACCAAAGUUAAAGUAAUUCUAAAUCAAAAUAUCAAGCCAUAGAUAUUCAAAUGAUUGCAGUCCUAGCUGAACACCGAAAAUGAACCAACGCGAUAUAAUAUUUUCAAGCAAAUCUAUGCAAUUACAUAAUACUGUGUUUACUUUUACAAGUGACGGUACCAAGUGUACCAACUGAACACUUGAUAUUGCGUGGUCGCCUUUGUCGUUUCAACUAAGCGAAGAUUUGAUCUUAAAUAUAUUUUUUGCCAUUAUUAUUUGACCCCAACCCGCAUUGGGCUAGCGUGGGGACUGUAGCCCAUUCCCUCUCGUGCAUGAGAGGAGGCCUGUGCCCAGCAGUGGGACGUAUAUAGGCCGAAAUAUUAUUAUUUUAUUAUUUGACAAGAGGACACACAGCAAAUCCAGCUAAAUACUCGCUUAGUCAGUUUAGAAUCCUAGAAUCCUAUUAAGCGGGGUUUGCUGGAAAAUCAAGGUCAACUAUGUGCUACCUAUGUUGUGAAGAAGCAAGGUAUUUUCUUUGCAAAUAGCGGGAAAAGUGAUUUUAUUGUUUAAUAAAAUGUUUUUAACAUGAGAUUUUGUUCUCAUUUAAAAAACAUUUUGUUUGCUGACCCUGUUCUUUGUCAAAAAAUACGGACUGUAAAUAUUACUUCAUAUAAAUUUAUUAGUACCUUUGUGUACAAAUUAUUAUGUAUAAGUAGGGAUAUAAUUGUUUAGGUUAAGAUUUUUAUGUACAUACAUAGACUGUGGGUGAAACUUGACAAAAAGACCAUAUUUAUAAAGUAAUAAAAAUGUUGUUACUAUA